CACGCGCUAGACAACCUUUGAUCAUCUCUGGCCUGCGCGCUGCUUCCCGUGAGAUACAGACACAAAUGGGCUAAACAUUAACACCACAAACAUUCAUAACACUCCAUUUUACCUACCACUUCGUCCUGGAAACCCGAUUUUGGAAGUGGAAAAUGCCAAGGACGCGCUGUUUCCUUGAUCUCCCACGACAAUUGCACAAAAGUUGUUUGUUUUGGGCACCCUUUACAAGAGGUUUUGCAGAGAGCAGUGAUGGGGGCUGGUUUCGGUCAUUAUUUGUACACAAAGUAGAUUCCAGGAAAGAUGCCCACUCCAAUCUUCUGUCCAAGAAAGAGACCAGCAGCCUCUACAAAAUACAGUUUCACAACGUAAAACCAGAUUGCCUGGAUGUCUACAAUAGUCUAUCAGCUGAGGUUCAGAACCAGCUUCACCAUGACCGGAGCUACCCCUGUGAGGUGGUGGGCAGUUGGAACACUUGGUACGGAGAGCAAGACCAGGCUGUGCACCUAUGGAAGUAUUCAGGAGGCUAUCCUGCUCUUACCGAAUGCUUGGAAAAGUUGAACCACAAUAAGGAGUAUAUGCAGUUUCGUAGAGAGAGAAGCAAAAUGUUAACCUCACGUCGAAACCAACUCCUUCUGGAAUUCAGUUUUUGGAAUGACCCGACACCCCGAACUGGUCCGAACAUAUAUGAACUUCGUUCCUAUAACCUGAAGCCCGGCACAAUGAUUGAGUGGGGAAAUCAUUGGGCUCGGGCAAUCAGGAAUCGUCAGGAAAACGACGAGGCGGUUGGUGGCUUCUUUACUCAAAUUGGUGACUUGUACAUGGUCCAUCAUCUGUGGGCUUAUAAGGACCUACAGACCAGGGACGAAACCAGGAAAGCUGCCUGGCUCAAGGAGGGCUGGGGGGCAGUGGUUUAUUACACAGUGCCUUUGAUCCGAAGUAUGGACUCCAGGAUCAUGAUACCAAUGAAGUUCUCUCCGCUACAGUAAAGCAUUGAUUACAGACUUGGUUGAUUGUAAAGCAUUGAUUACAGACAGAGUCUCUUCUGCCUUGUCAUGGAUACUAUCAAUAGAUAUGAUGUAAAACUGCUGGAUAGCAUGAUGUAUGGGACUUUUCGGGUGAUGACAUGAUUUAUAAAUUAUGUGUUUUGCUCUCUCAAUAAAUUAUCUUGUUGUUGAAA